CCGAUGCAGCCUCUGUGUGCCGGGGUGGGAGGCAGCCCCCGGCGGAGCCCGCCGCCCGCCAUGCCCUGGAGCGUCCGGUGGGUCGGCGGCCGCGGCGCCCAGUCCCAGAAGCAGUGCAAGAAAUCCUCCUUCGCCUUCUACCAGGCGGUGAGGGACCUGCUGCCCGUCUGGUUCCUGGAGGACAUGCGGACCAUGGAGGUCUUCCACUGGGAGGACGGGGGCAAGGUGAGCGUGUACUCGCCCUCGGAGGCCCUGCUCUACGCGCUGGUGCACGACCACCAGCCCUACGCCCGGCACCUGCUGACUAAGUUCCCCCAGAGCGCCCUGGCCGUGCCCAGCCAAAGCUUCAGCUGCUGCCAGUCCUCGGCCCCGCACCUGGCCAUGGCUGUCCGCUACAACCGGGUCCGCAUCCUCUUCCGAAUACUCAAGGCCGUCCAAGCCUUCCCGCCGAGCGACAGAGCUGGCCACCUGGACCGCCGGGGCUGCAGCCGCGUGGAGGGCGGCAAGACGGCCUUGCACGUGGCCUGCGAACUGGUGCGACCCGAGUGCUUGCUCCUGCUGCUCGGGCACGGCGCGUCGCCCUGCUUGCAGGACAGUGCCGGGAAUACCCCCCUCGACACCUUGCUGCAGCAGAUUUCCCACGUGCCGGCAGCGAACAUGCGCGCCAAGCUCCUCUGCCUUGACUGCCUCUUCUUCUUCGUGCCUCAAGACCUCCAGUUCACAAUGAAACAGCAACUGUUGGACAACGGGCAGCGGUGGCAGGACCUCCUCGGGGAGAACAGGUUCCAGUGCCUGGUGGGCUUAGCUCCCCCGUCACUGUUUGUCAGAGCCAUGCGUGUCUUGAUCAGGACCAUUUCACCUGAGCAUUUCCCAGAGGCUCUGGACGAUCUGCCUCUGCCUCAUUUUCUAAAGCCUUUGGACUUGAAACUGGAGAGCUAGGGGGGUGGUAUGAGAGCCGAGGGGUGGUAUGAGAGCCUCCUGCUCACCUGACAGAAAUAGACUGUUGUGCUAAAAAUGUAUCAGUAUACAAAGCUGCUAAUGUGGCGGCCAAGUAUCUGUUUUAAUUAGAACUGUAUUUUUUAAAAGAAUUGUAUCUGGCACUUUACAAUAUAUUUUAUUUAAAGAUC